AUGGACAAACACAAACUAAUGUGUGAAUUUAUUAUUAAAGGUGAUAGUUAUUUUAAAGGUAAAAAUGUCGAUACGACGAAAAUUAACAAAGAAAUAUCCAUCAAAAGUUAUUGUAGUAACGAUGAUUGUAAAACAAAUGAAGAACGUAUUAAUGCUUUGUCCGUAUAUAUAUAUAUGGAAUUCAAAAAUUUAUUAAAAGGUGAUGAUUAUAAUAAGUAUGAUGAAUGUUUAUUGAUGUGGAUAAGUAAUAUAUUAUUUAAGAUACACGACAAAAGCAAAGACAAAAAGACUCAAAAAGGCUAUGUCGAUCCUAUUACUUUAAAAAGUGCUUAUGAAAAGUAUUUAGAGAAACAUAAAGUAAAAGGGGAUUAUUGGGUUCUUUUUGAUCAUAUAAAGGGUUUGAAAAAUGCUAAUCUUAGGUAUAUGGCCGAAUUUUAUAUGUUACUUAAUAGAAUAUGUAAAACAAUUGUAGAUUAUAAAAAUAACGGUGCUGGAAGUAAUAAACUUUAUAAUUAUUCUAAAAAAUGCCUUGAUCAAUAUAUAAACCUUUAUUUAAAUACUUCUGGAUGCAAAUCAUAUCUUCAUUUAUUGAAAAAAUUAAAAGGUAUAUAUGAUGAUUUUAGAGUUUCUGCUAUUGAGGAAAAUCCUUCAAACAAUAAUUUAGCAACUAAUCUUAAAAAACUUAUAACACUAGAUGGAUUAGAGAUAAACGGGACGAAAGGCUUUAUAUCAUAUGAAUUCCCUAAAAAAAAAUGUAAUUCCCUCGAUAAAAAAGCGGCCUCAGUACAAUUACAAUCUUCUUCAAAAGAAGAAUCACCGCUACCACAAGAGCCAGAAAAAAAAGAAUCAGCACCACAAUCAUCAGAGUUACAACAAAUACCAACAGCAUUGCCAUCCCCACCGCAGGCGCAAAAACAAGAUUCAGCAUCUACACCACCAUCCCCUGAACAACCAAAAGAUCAAUUGAGUGAGCAAAAAGAUUCAGAUGGCUCAGGUAAUAACCGAGAUGGGACGGAUAGUGAUCAAGUAGAAGAUGGAACUCAAAGUACGGCAGGGGACCCUUUUAAUACUGGACCAUUAAUUUUUGAAAUCGUAUCAAAAGGUAUGGAACAAUUAAAUAAUGCUCGCGAGUUUGUUGGUAAAAAAAAGGAACAACUUACAAAGGUCACGGAUACUAUUAAUAGUUUAUAUAAUACGUCUGUAUCUAAUAUAAAAAACAAUUUCUACAAAUUUCCUGAAUUUUUUAAUAAUUUUAUUAACAAUCUAAGUAUUGAUUCUAAACAAGUAGAAAACCCUCCUGAUUCAGAUGAUAAAGAAUCUGAUUCAGGCGGAGGAGGGGAUGGCCCAUCACAACCCCAAAAAAAUUCAAAACAAACUUCAUCAGAAACUUCACCAAGUUCUACAGAACAAACUCAAGAACCACGAGAGUCUCAGGACUCAUCUGAAAACCACUAUUCUGAUCAAAACGGUCACGAAUCUGAAAAACCGGUGGAAGGCCCAGUGAUUAAACCAGAAGAUCCUGAAUUUGGAGUAAAAGGAAAUGGAACAAUAGGAAUAGGUGAUAUAUUUAUAUUCAAAGAAUUCAAAAAAAUUGGAAUUCCAAUUAUAGUUAUUAUAAUAUCCAUUACUUUAGCUAUUAUGUACAAGUUUUUGGUAUUUGAACGUAGAAAGAAAUUAAAAAGAAAAAAAAUGAAAAAAGUUACAAAUUUGUUUGGUGUAAAUAAAACGACAUGA